CCUCUGCGCAGAGUCCGGGGCAGGCUUGAGGGCCGAGGACGCCGGUUCUCCAGGGCCGGUGCUGCGGAGCCCGUGCUCAUGGCGUCCGAUCGGCUGCGCAAGGUCAAGUACCAAGGGGGCAGUGGCUCCUACCCCAGCAAGCGCAGCUGCCGGGAGCUCGAGGCCGCCGCCGCCGCCGCUUCCUCCUUCUCCUCCUCCUCUCCUUCCUCCUCCUCCCCUUCCUCCUCCUCCUCCAGGACCUCCCCAGCCGCUUUGGACGCCAAACCUCCCCCUCCUCCCGGCUCCCCCCGACAAGGCAAGGGCAGGCCCCCCGGGAGAGGGCCCCGCGGCAAGGAAAAAGUGACCCCCAAACACGUACCUGGCUGGAAGCCCCGCGACCCUCUUGGCCAAUCCAACUCUUCUGAUUCCCCAGGUGCAGGUGGGGCUCGCGGCCGCCCCCUGCUCGGCGAGAGGACCGAGGGCCUCCCCUCUCCCCCGCCUGGCGGGCCCUGCGUGCGAGAAAUGUGCACCUUACGGCGCGGAGCUUCCCGCCGCAGGGUUGAUCCCAAGGAUGAAUCCUAUAGCUCUGAGCUUGCAGCUGAAGCUCCAAGUCAUAAUAAUUCUGUGGAGGAAGCAGGGGUGACCCAGAAGACAAGGAGGAGAGUCAAAGACCAGGGGUCUACAGUGAUUUACCUGAAGGCCCUCCAGGGCAUUUUGGGGAAAUCCAUACCAAGAAAGAAGAAGAAAGAGGCUGUGGAGCCAGAGCAAAACCAAGAUGCCAGCCCCAGAAGCAGAGAAGGACCUGACAAGAAGAGCGGUGGGGUUUCCCUUCCAGUUAAGGAAAAGCAGUUUCAUCUGCCAGAAAGUAGCCGGGAGGAAGAUGAAGCUGCCACAGCAAGUCUCGGCAGCAUCACGACAGUUAGGGACUCUGAAAGCACCUUGGGUAAAAAGCCACCUGGGAACCUGAGGACAGUUGCAGAAAAAAGCAGAGAGUCCUACUCAGAAGAACAGAGGCCUAAAGAGAGGGAGGUGGUGAUAGAAAAUCCUUCUUCAGAAAGCGAUUGGUCAGAUAUGGAAGAUAUUCCCACCAUGGGGUUCUCCCAAGAGGAUUCUGUUUCUUUGAACAUCUCUGUAGUUUCAGAACCUUCAUCUUCCAGUACUGAUUAUGUCAUGUACCCAGCGCACUUGUACGGCAGUCCCUGGUGUGACUAUGCUGGUUACUGGGCUGGCAGCCCCAAGCCUUUCUGUUAUCCCACCACCAACAGUAUUGGCGAUGCUUUGAACGUAAUGGGAAGAAAUAAGAGCCAGCUCAGUGAUUGCUCUGCUGAGAUUGCUAACAGCAACUGUAGGAAUGCCGCUGAGGACGGGGAAGUGGUGGAAGGGAGGCCCCCUAAGUCCUCUCAGACAUGGGAACAAGAGAAGGUGGGGGAGAAAAGGACAUUCCGUGAAGAGGUGCCUGGCUUUUCUCGAGAGCACACGUCCGGCUCCUCCUACCAGGGAGGCUGGGGGUGCCAAGGUUCCGUGGGCUUCAUCGAUACCCACUGUCACUUGGACAUGCUUUAUUCCAGGUUGUCAUUCCAAGGAACUUUUUCAAAAUUUAGAAAGAUUUAUAGCAGCUCCUUCCCAAAAGAAUUUCAAGGUUGUAUAGCUGACUUCUGUGAUCCUCGUACCCUCACGGAUUACCUAUGGGAGGAUCUGUUGAAAGAGGACCUUGUCUGGGGGGCCUUUGGUUGUCACCCUCAUUUUUCCCGAUACUACAAUGAACGUCAAGAAAGAAAUCUCCUUCAGGCUUUGAGGCAUCCCAAGGCUGUUGCAUUUGGAGAAAUGGGACUGGAUUAUUCUUAUAAAUGUACUUCUCCUGUCUCAGAUCAGCGAAAGGUAUUUGAAAGGCAAUUGCAAUUGGCUGUGGCUUUGAAGAAACCCUUAGUGAUACACUGCCGAGAAGCAGACGAAGAUUUACUCUCGAUUAUGAAGAAAUUUGUGCCUGUUGAUUAUAAAAUCCAUAGGCACUGCUUCACUGGUAGCUAUUCUGUCAUUGAGCCCCUGCUGAAGCACUUUCCCAACCUCUCCGUGGGAUUCACGGCGCUUGUCACCUAUUCUUCUGCCUGGGAAGUCAGGGAAACGUUGAAACAGAUCCCUUUGGAGAGGGUCAUCGUGGAAACGGACGCUCCCUACUUCCUCCCUCGGCAGGUCCCCAAGAGCCUUUGCCAGUAUGCCCACCCAGGUCUGGCCCUUCACACAGUUCGAGAGAUUGCUAAGGUCAGAGGUGAGCCACUCUCCCAGACCUUGGCCACCUUGCGACAGAAUACCAGCCGCCUUUACAGCCUUUAAGAGAAGGCAGGGGACCUUAGGGUUUUCAGCAAUCUGCCCCAAGUUGUAUUUUCUAAAAUUCUGUCUGCAUUUUUUCCCAGUACAGAGAAUGUAAACAUAGGAGAUUACCCUUUAAGCCAGAUUUGCCUUGAGGUGAACUUUGGUGGCUCGGGGCCUUUCUCUUCCUCCCCUCACACUUUCAGGGAGACCCAGCCACAGGGCCCCGCGGGCCAUCCCAUCACACAGUGUGCUCGGACUGUGACAGGGCUGUCUGGAAAACCUGGAGGGUGGUGUGUCGGGGAGGGGGCUUUCUUAGCAGCUUCCCUGGCCCGGAGCUGUCAGGGUAAACAGGAAGCUGGCUUGCACCUGGGGGGAGGGGAGCCUGCCCCUGCCAGGGGAGAGAAGGUCGGGGACCGGAUCUCUCUGCACUGUAGUCCGUGGUUAAGCAGCAUGAAGUUUUUCAAUAAAGUCAUCUUCGUAAUCAGGCGUGUUGGGUAAUGUCGCUGAUUUUCUGUUUGAAACACACUUCCAUAGGAGCGUCCUCCUGUGGGAAAUGAACUCUGUGCCACUGUUUGGAGGCUUGGCUUCUCCUCCUGCUCUACUGAUAGGCCUAUGAGAGCGGCCUCAGAUAAGAUGCCGCUUUGGGUCUGUGUUUGGUUCUCUCUGGGCUCAGGUAUUGAUGGCCAGUCGCAGUCGGCUUGGCUAGGAGACCCUGGGAGGACACCCCCCAGGUUUUGCAUGGCAGGAGCCCCAAGGGUGAGUUUUGGGCAAAUUUUAAAGUGGUUGAGUCCAGUUCUCCAUAGUGUCUGUCAAUUGGGAUCAUUUUGGAUUGCCUUGGCCUCCAAUUCCCACCUUUUUCAUGGAAUACUUAUUGGACUAGUAAUGGGGAUGAAAGGCAUCUUCCGUUCAGUCUGCCUAUGGCAAGUGCAUUUUGUUCUCCUCAGAUUGAGUGGUGAAUAACUUCUCCAGAUGUUUGUGUCUUCUCGGUGUUUUUUUCCAUG